AUGUCGAAUGAUGAAACAUCUACAUUACCCAUGUCUAUAGAAGAUAUAGAUGCUACAAAUACUCGUCGUGUAACAUUAACUCGUAGUAGUGUUGCUGCUCUAUUUGCUCAAUCAUCUUAUGAUACUGGUGAAAAAAUAGCGACGACGAAUUUAACACGUCCUGCUCGAGAAUAUCGGCCUCCACCAGUCACUCGUUCAUGGUUAACAUCAACUUCUACAACAACAAAUAAUACAACUAGUAGUUCAUUUCGUUCUACAGAUUCAACAGUAGCAGCACAACGAUCAUCUUUAUUUCGAUAUGUUAUUCAACGUUCGUCAUCAUUUGCUACAACAGCUGUUUCACAAGUUAUGUCAAAUACUCGUCGUCAUACAUUAAAACAAAUACGUUCAAUCUGUAAUCAACAUGAUAAAGUUUCAUCAAUUGAUGCAGAUGUUGAACCAGUUGCAUCAAUAACCGAUUGUUUAGAAGCACCAUCAAUAGCUGCCGUACAAAUUUGUCGUUCAAUAUCGAUGCCUAAUACAUCUGAUAAAUAUCGUCAACAUUAUAAACAACAACAUUUAUUAGUUAAAAGUGGUGGAAAACCUAUGUAA